AUGACCUACAGGGCAUCCAAUCAGCGUCACCAUGGGGAGACCACGAGCCCGUCAACGAACCUGAACAACGCCUAUCGCAUCAUUAAGGAGGUGUUGAAGAAGUUUCGCUCCCGCGAAGCUGAAGAGAAGGAGCGGGCCAACUUGGUGGAGCAGGAUAAUCUGGUCAUUGAACCGGGAAAAACAGCUUUUCGGCUACGCGAUCUCUACAUUCGGCCAAACAUUGUGGCCAAACGUAUUACUGGUGUGAAAAGUUUUCUUACUUGUGUCAAAAUCACAAGCCUUUUACCACUCAAACUACUCCUUUGCUUCCAG